UCCCGACUGAGAAGAGGAGCGCGGCGUAGCUAUCUGUCUCAUCCUCGGACAGAUGAGUGACUGACUUUACCUUCCAGGGACAAGAAAUGGUUGUCAUCAUUUUUCAGCGUCUGGGAUACCUGUGUUUGGGUUGGCAACUUUUUCAGCUUCACCUGCUAUUCACGUCGAAUGUCUAACAAAUAGCCUAGGUUACAAAAGAACACGCAACAGCAGAGGAAAGAGUUGUCGUUGGCAACAGAACAUCUGUUUGGACAUUUGGGACAGUUUCUCAGAAGAUGGGUCUUCAUUCGAUUUACGUUUCCUAGACCGACUUUUGAUAAGCACUGACUCGAAUAAAUAAGAGAUAAACACUUGGAAAACAUAUUUUCAAGGCGUCAAUGAACUGACAAUACAUCAAAUAAGCCUUUUGAAACUGGAUGGAUAGAAUGUUUCAACUUCUUUAGAUAGGUUUCCCCCAAUGAUGAUAAGCAAACCAUCGCCAAGGACUUUUAUUCUUUAUUAUAUAUUGUAUGCCUUCUGUACAUGAAAUUAGAAAUGUUUUGUUUCUUCAAACCCCGAGGAUAUUCCAGGACCAAGACGGGGUCUCGAAAUGGGAUAAUAUCCCGACACCCCUCCAACUCCACCUCAAGGAUAUACUUCUCCUAUAUUCUGCUGCUUCUCAUCUUCACACCUAGAGUGGAUUCUUCCUGGUGGUACAUUGGAGCCCUGGGUGCACGGGUGAUCUGUGACAACAUUCCAGGCCUGGUGAACAAGCAGCGUCAGCUGUGCCAGCGCCACCCGGAUCUCAUGCAGUCUAUUGGGGAGGGUGCCAAGGAGUGGAUCCGUGAGUGCCAGCACCAGUUCCGUCACCAUCGCUGGAACUGCAGCACGCUGGACCGAGACCACACUGUCUUUGGCAGGGUCAUGCUGCGCAGUAGCCGGGAGGCAGCGUUUGUGUACGCCAUCUCCUCAGCGGGUGUGGUCUAUGCAAUUACCAGGGCCUGCAGCCAGGGGGAGCUCAAGAUCUGCAGCUGCGACGCCCACAAGCGAGGCCGAGCUAGAGACGACAGGGGCGACUUUGACUGGGGCGGCUGCAGCGACAACAUCAACUAUGGCAUCAAGUUCGCCAAGGCCUUCAUCGAUGCCAGGGAAAGGAUGGUGAAAGACGCUCGGGCGAUGAUGAAUCUACACAACAACCGCUGUGGGCGAAUGGCAGUGAAGCGCUUUAUGAAACUGGAGUGCAAGUGUCAUGGCGUCAGCGGCUCCUGCGCCCUCAGAACCUGCUGGCUGGCCAUGUCGGAUUUCCGGAGGACCGGGGACUACCUCCGGAAGAAGUACAACACGGCCAUCGAGGUGACCAUGAACCAGGAUGGCACAGGGUUCAUGGUGGCUGACAAGGACUUCAAGGGAACCACCAAGAACGAGCUGGUAUAUGUAGAAAACUCCCCUGACUACUGCCUCAUGGACAGAGCAGCAGGCUCCCUGGGCACGGCAGGGAGAGUCUGCAACAAGUCUUCCAGAGGCACGGACGGCUGCGAGGUCAUGUGUUGCGGACGGGGCUACGACACAAUGCGCGUCAAGCGAGUCACCAAGUGCGAGUGCAAGUUCAAGUGGUGUUGCGCCGUGGAGUGCAAGGACUGCGAAGACACGGUGGACGUUCACACCUGCAAGCCACACAAGCGACCCGAUUGGUUGGACCUAACCUGACCCGGUGGCCUUUCAAAGGAUGUAGCAGUGGCCAACUGCAUUGUGGGAUAUGUAGUCCCUACCCCCAACUCAUUUCUGACCUCCCAUUACCUCUGGUAUGAUACUCAUUUGACAACCCCUUCUAAAGUGACAUCCUAAAGAACUUUUCCGAAGGGGCCAUAUCCCAAUUUGGUUUGGAUGGUGCAGUACUGUAUGGUACUGUUCUGUAGAAAGGCAGUCUAAGAGGGUGGUUGGGCCGGGAGAGGGGGUAGUUCCUAUUUACGUAUAUGUUUGAUCGUGUUGAUCUGGGGAAAUACUAUUGUGUGCUGAGAACACUUUUUUCUACAGAAAUUAAUUUACACAUUAUCUGUUGUCGAAAUGCAGCAUUGGACAUUAUACUGUGAGCACACCAGAGAUUGAGUUAGGAUUGUUGGGUGGUGUAUGUGUUGUUGGAUUUUGCUUGGUUUAAGACUAUGUUCUCUUUUCUAAACCUGUGACCACUUUGCUCAGUGUUUCAUUGGUGUUACAAUGGAAAGUGAUAAAGAACUGAAAUGAACUCUGCUUGAGAUACUGGACAUGGAAAGACUGACUUGUAUUCAGUAGUUAGGAGUGUGAAAAAGGACAUCAUGCCUCACCCUCCUGGUCAAAUGCAUUGGAAUGGAUGUACAACAGAAAGUUGCUACAACUCUAACAACCAACUGUUACCAUGGGCUAGAGAGCUGCACUACGGAGACUAAUGUAGCCCAAUAUUGAGCAAAGAAAUUCAUUUAAACAAAUGUUUCUGUUAUAUGAGUUAAGUGAAACAAACAUUGUCGUCGACCGAGAUGGAUAGUAUGUCUCCUCUCCCUUCAGUGUGACAGGUACCCUUACAGUAUGCGCUAUCAAUCUAUUAUUGUACGUGUUCCUAAAUGUAUACAGUAUGAUGGACGGUAGCUGUCAUCUCUUGCUUAUUAUUUAUCACUGGUUUCCAAUUACUGAAGGUGCUAGCUGCUAUAUCUCCCAAGUUAGCAUUCUCACUAUGGGGCACUUUCAUUCUGCAUCUGUAUGCAACACGAUAGUCAUUUCACUCUCAGGGUUGUGUUGUAGGCUACGUGGGGCUCUGACUGAUCUGUGAGAAAUGAAGUACUUCGUGAAACAAGGCCAAGAUGUUACACAACGUAGAGGAGCUGAGAACCAGAAUUUAACAUUCAAAUCAUCAUUCAGAAAUGCACGUAGGCCUAUAGGGCAAGUGGAAUAAGGCCAAUCGAGACCGAACAAAUGGUACAAACAUUGAACAACAUGGUACCCAAGAUUGAACAAAAGCAGUGAAGUGUGAUGAUCAUAACUACUUGUUAAAAAAGUUUGUAAGAUUAAUGAGAUUUCAGUUGACGUUAAAAAUAUCUGCAUUUUCAAAUGUAAAUGGUAAUUUAUAUGAUUUUAAUGCAAUGUUCUCAGAACGGUAGAGAGUCGUGGGCCGAGUUGUACUGUAGUGUUAGUUGGAGUGGUCACCUUGGGAGGACCCUAAAAUACCACACUUGUUCUAUAUUAAACCUUGUUGAUCCUUCUGUCAUUCACAUCAGAUCUCAUCCAUCCUCAUAUUGCUGACCAUGUGACACUGUCAUUGUCACUGAUACACAAGGUGAUAUUCACUGAAUCUACUACUCACUGUUCUUGAGUAAUACAUUAAAUGAUUACAGAUUGCAUUUUUUUCCUCUAACGUCAGUGCCAGAGGAACUCAGCACUCAACGAAUCCGUGGUGUAGGUCCUCCAAUUAUAACAUUACUCUUCCCCAAGCCAAACAUUGGAAUUAUUUAUCUAUUUCAUAGUCUGUGUAAACCAGGGGAUAUUAUACAGACUGUUUUCUUUACACAGAGCAUUAUUGUAAAAUGAUUAGUGAUAUGAAUCACUUUGGAAAAAGCUUUUAUUGGUCUCUAAAUCUUUUUAAAGGGCAGUCCAACUAUGUCCUUGUGGAAAUGUCCUGCCAAAUCUCAUAUAGUAUACAGUGAACAGGGAACGGGAAGCGCUUGCCUUGCUUACAUCAGUCUUCUAAAAUAACCAGCGUGUCACUGUCUGCAUUCUCCUCCUAUCAUAGUGAUAUCUAAUGGGCAUCGAUUUAGUGACAGCAUGAUCACUCUAAAAUUGUCUCGGGGGAAACAAAGUUCAGGAUGGAAGACCUAAAUGUUUUGAAUAUGUCAUUUUGUUGCCCUUCAAUUCAAAGAAAUGAGUCUAUCAUAGACAGGUGCGUAGGAGUGACUCUGACAACCUGAAAAACAGGUUUUAAAUGCUAAUUCCUAGUGACUUUUGAGAAAAGGAUACAGACAAAUCUUAUCUUACAAAUGGGCAAAUUUACAAGGCUAAGGGGGCCCUCUGGUACAGUCCAAUCAGUCUUAGGGCCAUGGCCAUUCAUACUGUACUGAAUACCAGUGUGACUGUUAAUGUGGAUAUAUUCAAUUAAACAACCAUUUUGUACUCUU